GUGUGGGGAAAUCAUGUCUAUUACUACAGUUCACAGACAAGAGGUUUCAGCCGGUUCACGACCUCACUAUCGGUGUGGAGUUUGGUGCAAGGAUGAUUACUAUAGAUGGCAAACAGAUCAAAUUGCAGAUCUGGGAUACGGCUUUCAUCAACACAGCCAAGGAGAUCUAUGAGAAGAUCCAGGAAGGAGUGUUUGAUAUCAACAACGAGGCUAAUGGUAUUAAGAUCGGACCCCAGCAUCCUACCACCAACUCCACACUGUCCAGUAGCCAGGGAGGCCAACAUGCUGGAGGGGGCUGCUGCUGAAGCCCCAAAACAGCCCUUCUCCUCUUCCUCCAGUCCCAACCCUUCCUCCUCCCUGCCCUCUAUGACCCAUCGUUGCAUUUCUACAGAACGGUCCAGGCCCGCUAACAGUUUAACCUCUCUCUACCGCUCCAUUCUUUCAUCCCUCCAUCUCAGCAUCCUGAGUGUCUUGAACAUCCCCAUGGGUCUGGGGAGGGGGGGUCAACAUCCCCAUGAGUCAGCAUGAUUUCUUACAGACUUAUGAGGACCGAGUCAGCUUCACCUGCACAUUUAUUUAGUUGUUUUUUUUUGGUUCACUUUCUUUGUUUUGGUUAGAUAAAGAUUUUAAGCUUUUCAUUUAAAACAAUCCAACAACAGGCGCACUUGAGGAAAUGGUUUGCGUUUUAUUUCAGCCGUUUGAUUUAGAUCCACAGCGAUUUUGUUUUAUCACGAUACUUUAAAAUCACAUGAAGCAAUGAACUGGCAGUGGUGGACUGACUUUAUUUAGACAGAUUCAGGAUAGGAGAUUAGAAACUGAACCCUUUUAACGGCCGAUUGUGUGAAAUAAAGCAGGCACCGUGUUGUGCCUAUACACACACAUCUGUAUGUUUGUUUAAGACGGCGUUGCUAGCAGAGCAUGUUUCUACAUGCUGAGUCAGUUCUCCUGCGUUGCCUGUGUGUAUAGGGACAGUACAAGUAUUUCAAGAUGUCAGUUUGUCAGCUAUGGGAGGCAUUUAAGUCACUCUGUAAAAUUUGUUCAUAAAAACAUGCAAAUCAUGUCAUUUUUGUCCAUUCUUUCCCUUCUUUCUGUCAUUUUGCUCCAGUCUGCUUGCCCCUUUUGUCCGCUCACAGACAAUUUGUAUUUCAUGAACACUAAAAACUGGUUGUGGCUUAAAAAUCAAAUUUUUUUGAAAGCCUGGAUAGAGAAUAAAAGACCAAACUGUUCAAGUGUGAACGUUGAUCCUUUUGAAACGACAGAACACGAGCAGGAAAGUUGAACUGAGGGUUGUUGAGUGAUGGCUGCCGUUAUGAAGUUAAGAAGAAAUGUAUGAAUUAGAAAUUGAGUUGGGUUUUUUUUAUAUAUAAAUAUAUAUAUUUAUCAGGCGCAUUUCUGUGUAUAUAUGGCUCUUUAGGUUUCUGUAGCUGUUCUGGAUGUUUAACAUGAAGCUUGCCAUGUUAUGGUCUUUGAAGUCUUAACCAGGAGCUGAGAAGAGAUUUCUCCGAGUCUGAAACAGCUUUUUAGCAUUUUCAGCUAUCCUCAUUUAAACCCAGAGGAGCUCAGCCACCCUGGUACUUUGGGGUUGGUGGUGCCCUUUCUUUUAAAUGACAAGUAUGAAUGAUAACGGGCUGUUAACAGGCCCGACCAGAGGUAUUCAGCAUCCCUGGUGGGGGACUUUGACUCCAGCUGAAAAUGUCAAAGCAUCUCCCCUUUCUUUAAGCGAGCUAAGAUUUCCACCCUGAAUUAGCCGCAGAUCCAUAGCUGUACCGUUUGGAGCUUGAUCGACGACCGCCGCCAUGUUUAUUUGGCUUCAGUAUCCCAGAUGUAAUCAUUUUACUGCUGCGAUGAUUCCAUUCACCCCUUCUCCUCACCCCCUUUUUUUUUUUUUUUUUUUUUUUGCAAACUGCAGUAACAAUAGCUCUGUACCUGCUUUUUAUGCCAAAUUAUUGUUUGCUUGUGUUUUAUCAACAAAAUUAAAUGAAAGGGAGUGAAACAUCAAGUAAGCCCUUAGAGUCUGACCUGAAAUCAGCUGUCUGCCUUAACGCCCACCUCCCCCCGAGAGACUUGGACGGCUGCGAAAAUGACCUUUUAUUUGCAGAUGGGCUUUUUACCACUAACGAACUAGUCAGCGAUGUAUACACAUGUCUAGAUGCACACUUAGAACAUGUUCCAGUUUGAUUUCUGGGUAUCAAUUGGGGCAUUUGAAAUGAAUCUCAUGUUUGUUUUUCUUUUACCUGUCCCCUCCAAAUUUACAUGCACCACCUGCAUACAGUGUAUGUAUGCAUGUGUAGAUGAUGUAUACAUAUUUUCUUGUCUAGCUAACAAGCUGUUUUCUCUGCAGGCUGACUGUAACUUUGGGGUUUCACAGCAGUGUGAGUGAAUCUCGAUUUUCUCUAAUUGUAGUUGAUUUUUUUUAAUCUUCAGUAUAUUCAAUCAGUUAUUAAUCCUAUUCAGAUCAUAAUUAUCCUUUGUAAACCAACAUGUAAGUGUGUGUGUGUGAGUGUGAACCCAGAGGGGUUACAGGGGGAAGACCAAGCCAAACCUGAUGCAUCUACCUGUUAAUCUUAUCUAUGUGGCCCUCUUCUCUCUUCCUCUUCCUGCCUCUCCUCCUUCCCCUCAACGUUUAUUGCUGUUUGUUCUUUGAAAAAAAAUAAAACCUUAAAAAAAAAGAAAAAUGAAAAUACUAUCACAAUAAACUAUAAUAAAACAUUCUAAACUCUGUCAACUUGAUGGUUAUGUUAUGAUAGAAAAAAAUGUUUACAAAAAAAAAAAGAAGCUGCAGUUGUAUUUUCUGUCCAUAUUUUUUUUUGAUACCCAUCCGGCCUUUCUCACUGUUUGUCGCUUUAAUUCAGUCAUUAAAAUGAGAC